AUGGCAAGCACUUAUGAGCAGUCCAUAGGAAGGCAGCAAAUAACUAAAGAUCUACGUCAAUUAGCUAGCUUGGGGGUUCGCCUUCUUGAAUCUCCAGAUGAAGGAGUUAUUGUGCAAAAUGCUGCAGAAUCCUCAUUUGUAGCGGAGGUGAAAGAGAAGCAGUACACGGAUCCUAUCCUAUUACAGCUUAAGGAGAAUGUACAACAAGUUAAAGUAGAGCACCAGAAGCCUGGAGGUUAUAUGCAGCGUAUAGAACUUCCAAUUUGGAAGUGGGAUAUGAUUAAUAUGGAUUUUGUCACUGAUUUGCCUUGCUCAUUUCGGAAGUUUGAUUCCAUAUGGGUGAUUGUUGAUAGACUCACCAAAGCAGCAUACUUCUUACCGGUCAAGACUACUUAUACAGUUGAAGAGUAUGCAAAAUUGUAUAUUAAAGAGUUUGGGAACGCAAGUGAAUUUAAGCACAGCCUUUCACCGUCAAAUGAAUGCUACCAUUCAAGUAUCAGAAUGGUACCUUAUGAAGCGUUAUAUGGGAGAAAGUGCAGGUCACCAAUCGGAUGGUUUGAAGUGGGCGAAACUGUCUUAUUUGGUCUAGAUCUUGUUCAUCAAGCUAUGGAAAAAGUUAAGGUGAUACAACAAGGAUUAGCAACAACUCAAAGCCGACAUAAAUCAUAUGCAGAUAAUAGAAGGAGAGGACUGGAAUUUUUCAUAGGAGAUUGGGUAUUUUUGAAGGAGUUAGAGCUAUCUAAAGAGCUCUCAACAGUCCAUCCAGUAUUUCAUGUCUCAAUGCUUCGAAAAUGCAUAGGCGACCCAUCUCGUAUCACUCCUACGAAAGAUGUACACGUUACAGAAGAUCUCACUUACGAAGAUGUACCCAUGGCAAUUUUGGAUCGACAAGUUAAGAAACUAAGAAAUAAAGAAGUAGCUUAUGUAAAAGUACUAUGGAGAAACCAACAAGUUGAAGACGUUACAUGGGAGGCGGAAGAAGCAAUGAAGUCCAAAUAUCCUCAUUUAUUUCAAUUCGAGGAGAAGGGUCAAAGUGCUGAGUUGAGACAGUAA